AGAUCGAUUGAGAUGUCCCUUCACCAAAUUAAUAAUAAUUCUCCUGCUCUGAGAUAAUGUAUAAUUCACAAAUUGCAUAAAUAGAAUAAGAACUUGUUCAAUUAAGGUGCAGUUAAUUAUGGGAACCUUGUUCUUUAACCAGAUCAAGAAGCAAGCAAGUUCUUUUCUACAGGAAAAAUACAAAAAUGCAAGGCUGGCCUUCACUGAUGUUAGUCGAGCUGAAUUGUUGGCUGAGGAAGCAACAAGUAACGAUCCAUUGGGCCCUGAUGCUAAAACUAUGACUAAAAUAGCUGAGGCGUCCUAUUUGGUAGAUGAUUAUUGGAGAAUUGUUGAUGUUCUUCACAAGAGGUUUGAUAACUAUGAUUGGAAGGAAUGGAGGCAGUCUUACAAAACACUGGUACUUCUUGAGUUCCUGCUAACACAUGGCCCUGAAGAAUUUGCAGAAGAGUUUCAAUGCGAUAGCGAUAUAAUUGAAGAGCUUGGAACGUUUCAACACAUAGAUGAAAGAGGUUUCGACUGGGGUGCUAACAUGCAAAAGAGAUCGGAACACGUACUGGAACUCCUCGGAGGAGGAGAAACCUUAAAAGAUGCACGUUUUAAAGCUCUCAAAAUCACCAAAGAUAUUCAAGGAUUUGGCAAUUCCCCUUCAUCGCCAUGUUCAUCGACAUCUCCUUCGUCUGCAGCCUCCGAGUCGUCCAGAACUUCAUCUUUUGGUUCGUAUUCUACCACCAGUUCCAUUUUCAACGAGACAUUAUCCUUUACAAAAGAAGACAUAGACAACUGUGAAAUAAAGGAUCAUAAAACUACUUCACCUACAAGCAGCAAAGAAUUGGAAGGAUCCCACGUUUGGGAUUGCUCUCCGAUUCAAGAGAUGGGUUCUUUGAUGGAUUCUGAAGACGACGACAAUGAGGAGGAGGAGAAACAGGAUGGUCUUAUUAAUGGAAUUUGCUCCAAGCUUGUUGGGAUUAGUCACUCAAGAAAAUUUCAUGGUGAGAAAGAGCUGUUUAGGAGCGUUUCUGAUGUGGGGAGGCCGAUAAAGAAAAAGUAUGAUCGCCAAUUUUCUGUGGGUUACUAGUGGAGUAGUAUGGUAUUUUUUGAGUUUUGUCAUAUUUUUUGCUUGGAAAAUUCUUGCCUAACUCGAUCCGUCAAGACACAAAAAACCAAGUCUAAAUAAAUUUCAUCGUUUCCGCCGUCUAUGAAUAAGUAUUGCCAUAACCAAUUUCUUGCGCCAAGCAGUAGUAGUGAACAGUAUUCUUGUAGAAAUGGUAAUUAAGAUGAAUUCUGUUUCUUUUCUUGGAUUCACUUGUUACAAGGAAUUUUGCAGAAUCCUUGCACUGGCAGGGUGAUAUGAGUUUUAACUUGUGAUUUCAUAGCCAUAUAGACAACUGCUACGAAAUUAAAACUCAAGAGAAAGACGUAUAAAUUUAGAUAUUCUUUAAAUGUCA